AUGUUGUCGGCGGCUGCAGUCGCUGCUUCUGCUGCGGCUGGACGGCGAUCUUUGUCGCUGGCCGUUGCCGCUGCAGCUGCUGGAUUGCCCUGUCGCCAGGCACACUCGGACGCCACGCCACCUGCAUUCGCCUCAUCAUCAUCAUCAUCGUCAUCAGCAGCAGCCCCAGCAGCCCAAGCAGCCCCACCGGCGGCCAAGCGAUCGUCGGCUGCGCUGGCGGCAUUGGCGAGAUCUCGUCAAUCCCGCUCCUCUGCAGCCCCAUCGCCAUCAUCGUACACUUCGAGCAUGGUGAGCACGUCGCCAUCAUCGUCAGCGCCCCUGUCUGAAGCAGCGUCGAGCAAUGCUGCUGAUGCUGCUGCGGCUGAAGCGCCAUCACCACAGGGCUUCACUCGCUCUCAAGAGACUGCUGCUCAAGAGACUGCUGCUCAAGAGACUGCUGCUCAAGAGACUGCUGCUCAAGAGACUGUUGAUCAAGAGACUGCUGAUCAAGAUGCUGAUCAAGAUGCUGACCAAGACACCGAGAUGCAAGAUCAACCCGCAACGAGGAAAACCUCGAGCGCGCCACCACCACAGUCGUCCCUUCAGGGUUACGGCGGAAUGACCUACAUGGCCAUCCGGCAGCUCAGGGUUGCUCAUGCGACACGACUCCGAUCAAUCAUGUUGCAGCUACUGGACCUGGCUGCACAAGAAGGCCCGCGAUCGGACCUCCCGUUGUCCACUCGCUCGAGAUUCGCGGUCAAAUCAUCGCCGCCAGCCGCGUUGCCGACUCCACACCGCUUGUCGCGUCCGCUGCCGUUGGAAGAGCGGCAUCCAGUCAUUGUAUCGCCCAAAACAGGUCUUUCGUAUCUCUUCGCGCGUCUUCACGGGCAAGGGGUGCAGACGCGGACAGAGUUGGCUACGACGCCUGCAGCGGCGGCAAAGGCAUCUGAGGCUCUACUCGAACGCUUGGCUUCCACCAGUCGGCUGUCGCAUGCGGAGGUCCAGGAUUUGCUUGGCGAACUUCUUCAGGCCGACACGGUCCUCUCCAACCGUGCCCUGUGCGUCAUUUUCGCUGCGUUGCUGCGUGCAAAUGCAUCAGAACGCUCCCGCUCGUCGUGGCCUUUCGACCUGGCUCGAGCCUUGCUGUCUGCAGCAACAGCGAUACCGAUGGAGCUACAGGAGAUUCACUUGCUCGCUUUCAGCUUGCUCUGGCUCGACAAUCGACAAAGCGGCAUGUAUGUCGAAGAUUGUACCCCUGUUAGCACCUAUCGGUUGCUUCACGAGUUCAGUCUUGAGCCAACAGAGACUGGCUUCUUCCGAAUCAUGCCUCUCCUCUCGUUGACAUUGGACGAGUUCCAGACAAUCCACCGACUGUGGCUGAGGAAGAUUGCAGAAAAGAAACUUGCGCCGUCUUCGAUGGUCCCUUUUGCUGCUGGCCUUGCGAGCAGUGCACAGGCCUUGGACGAAAAAUCGCGGCGACUCUUUGGUCGUCGCUUGCAGCGGCAGGUGGCGGUUGAGACGCUUCGCCUGGGCUUUGUGCAGUUCAUCGCCCGCGCUACACAGAGCAAUCGCAUCUUUGCUGAAAAUCCGGCUGCAGCGUCCGAGUAUGCAGCCUGGAUUAUGCGCGGGCUUGCUUACUUUAGCGGCUACAAUGAAGUCGAACUGAUGCUUGCCCGAUUCGAGAAUCUGGGCCUGCCAGUCCGGUGUGUCGACAAGGCCAUUCAGCUUCAAGCCAUCACCCAACACCAGUUCACCUCUGACAUCACGCUUGAUCGAGUUCGGGCGCUGCAUGACGAGCUGCUUGCCAAACUGUCGCUGGCGAAACCUCAGGACAUUGGCGCAUUUCCCCAGCUGAAGGCACUCUUUCCAGAGCUGGCGCUCACAGCCACUUCCAACACGGUUGCAGACAACGAAGAUGACGAUGCAGAGGUCUCUUUUGAAGAGUAUCAGCACACGCUCUCUCCCGCCGCCGAUCCGCUGUCCAGCUUCCAGCGUGAACAGAUCGAGUUGGACGCACGACUGAGCCUUGCGCACUCGCUCUUUGCUCACAACCAUUUCGAGGAAGCCGCCGCUAUGCUCAACUCGACGCUGCGCACUGCGCCAGUCGCUCUGCUGCCGUUUGCAUUUGACCGAGUCUGGCAGAUAGCACUCUUGCUGAACAGAACAGAGGUGACUGUGGUGGCCACGCAGGUCAUUUUGCAAUCGGCCGAUAAGGUCUCCCCAACCUCUCCCGAUUAUCAGCGCUUCCUCUCUUUGCUUGGCAGCCUAUUCUCGCACGCUGAUUGCCAAAAGGUUCUCGAAGCGCUCCUGCAUGAAACGAAAGAGGCCAGCCUCAAUAACGGGCUUGACGCUGCGAUGCCCGAACUUGCCCCGUCCGCGCGCAUGAUGCUUCUUCGAUCGCUCUUCCCACCGCCGACCUCAUCGAGUGCUGCUAUUCGGCAGUCACGGGCGCACGCUCAACUUGCGCUUCGAUUUGCGCGCCGUGCUGAGCUGCUGCCCUCGCGAUCUGCCCUCGAAUCUUUCAUGGGCCGGUUGAUUGAGCUUCGCACGCCCGACGCAUUGGCUGCCGUGGUACAAGUCCUUAAGCAGCACGGUGUCAAAGGAUCAACCAUUCUCUUGUCGAUCGCGCAAGCAGCAUUGGCUGACGGCGACGCUGUCACCGCCUUUGGUGCGUUUUGCAUUCAUGCCUUGCACGCCAAGCAGCCCGUGAAUGUCGCCGGGCUUCGGGAGUGCGUGGAGAUCUUUGCCCAGCGCGGCCACAUUGCUGGCGCACGGGCCAUUGUCGGCUUGGUGCGCUCGCUUCUUCCAGGCACCGCUGGACCAGGUCAAGCAGCGCCCACUCCUGGUGUCGUUCGACGGAGUUCCUUGGAGGAGAACGAGCUUCGGCAGUUGCUUUCCGUUGCCUAUACGGGUGUGGUGCGCGCAUGCGAGGUUGCGGCCGAUCCCGCCAGCGCGAUCGCAUUGGUUGAAGAAAUGAGCACGGGCUUUAUUACGCCAUCCUUGCAAAUGUUCCAGCGUUUGAUGGAGCUGCUUUGUCGGCAUAAUCAGACGACGUUGGCCAUGACCCUUGUCAACGCAAUGGCGAGCUACCAGCUCGCUCCGCGGUCUGCCCACUUCCGUCCAUUGCUGCAAUCCCUGGCCGGCGCGGGGCUCACCAAAGUCGACGAGCUGACCGAUUUGCUCAUGGUCAUGGAAAAGAUGCGUGUGGGCGUCGACACAGCCACCGCCUCCCUGAUUCUCGGCACCCGAGUUGACCUGAGCGAACCUUUGGUGCCGCCUUCCGACGUGCUGACUGCCCUGGGCACAAAUUCUCCCUUGAAGGUCACUGCAAGUCUUCUGGGUCCGAUCAUUGCGUCUGAAACUGCUGCCAUCUCCGAGACGGCUACGGAUGUGGCAGAGACGGCGUCUCAGGCGGCCGACACCAGCAGUACGACCGCCACCACCACCACCACCACCUCCUCCUCCUCCACCACACCAAUAACAGCAACAACCACACCCUCGACCAGUAGUGGCACGGCAUCUGCGCCUCCACCCGACUUCCAGACCGUGCUUGCUGCCAUGCCCGGAAUGACCCAUACAGAAAUACAGCGCUCUCUCUACGCCAUGCGCGCCACGAUGAACACGGCGCGGUUUAACGACAUCUUUGAGCACUUGCUGCUGACUUAUCCUCAGCCAGAUUUUGCACGUGCUCAACUCGUAUUUACGAUCAUGAUGCAGCAGCCGUCGACAGCUCCGUUGGAUGGGGAUGUCAUGACCACGCUGACGCUCGGCAUCGCCAAGGCGUCAAUCCUGGACGCCUUUGAUUGGGUGGAUGCUGCGACACUGGCUGGCGUGCCGCCGGACAGUGUGACGUUUACUCAUCUCUUGCGUAGUCUUCACCGAGGCCGCAGAAUCACCCGGACGACGCUCAACUGGCCGCAUCCACCGCCGAGCCCGAAAUUGGCCAAGCAGCAAAGCUCCUUGAUUUCAACGUCCCUUCGAAAUGUCACUACGAGCUCCAAUCCCAGCCGGUUUGAGCUCGCCCGCGCCUUGUUCCGCGCUCAAGCAUCCCGAGCGGAUGUUGUGGCACGUGUCCAAAACUUUGAAGCGCUCGAGGACGUGAUGCUCCUCUUUCCGUUGGCCGAUUCGCUCACCCUCCUUUCGGACACCUUCAGCAUUGCAGACCGCAUUGGCGCCGACCGUCUGGUCUCCAGCCUGAUCUCGCGCCACGUGCAACCCACGCUUCUCAGCCUAGCGGCGUCCCAUCAGGUCUGGAAGACGCUGGCGGCCUGGAUUGCGCAGCACGCGCGGCUGUAUUAUACCACUCUGCGAAACGCCGCAAACCAAGUGUGCCAGGCUCUGGCUGAUGCCGGCGAUGCUGAAACGCUUCUCCAGUUGCACGUCGCCAUUUCCGUUGUCAUCCCAUCCUUCCCUUCCAUCCUUGCAACGUCUUUGGCCGCUUCCAAUGGCGAUACAAGAGAGCUUUUCAAUCUGCGGCGCGCGUGGCACCGAUGGUUUCUCCAAGCACUACUCGUUGACGAACCCACCAUGUCGCUUUCGCGCUUGUUUGAGCGGUACAAAUCGCUGGGCCUCGGCUUUCACCCGAAUGACUUGUCGUUGGCCAUCCAGUAUUCGAUGCUGGACCUCAAGCCGCUCUUUGCGUACAUAUCACACCCACCCCACAUCAUCCAGCCGACCUAUCUGGCCGAUCUGAUCAAGCCCCAGCGCCUUCACCAUCCGGCCUCCGAUCGCGCAUCUCCGCAGCCGCCGCUUGGCCCGGUGGCGGACGAGUUUGAUACACUCGAUACGCUGCAGCAGAAGAUUGUCUUCAAAAGCGCCAUCCGCACGCAGUUCAGCGCGCUGAACCGCACGCAACGACGCGAUUUGGUCAAGGCGGCACUCUAUGAACGCUUGAUUGAGUAUUCCGUGCUGCAACUCACCAAGGCUGUUGGCGGCCAGAUGUCCGUUUCGGUCAACCACGGCCUGCUUGUCAACGCGCUCCUCGUCAACGUCGCGCGGAAUCCCCGCUGUCCGCCGUACCUGGUUGACGUCCUUGCCGAUCCCAAGGAGACCACCACAACCUCUGUCGAUUCACUCGCUGCCUUGCUUGAGUACCACACCCUGCGAGGGCGUCCAGUCAAGGUCCAGACGCUUCUGGAAUUGGCCGCCAGCCGCAACCAACGGAUGCCGUCUGGUCGAUCGCUUGCGCGCCUGUUGACCUGUCUGACCAUUCAGCGCGACUACAUGUCGGCUUUCGCUCUCCUCAAAUUGGUGCAAACUCAAAGCACAAUGACUCCGACUGACAUGGUCCAAGCUGUGGUGUCGAUCGUCGGCAACGAAAAGCUGCGUGCCCGAUUGAACCCGGCUGGCGAUCGAGAGGACGGAGGGUCGGCGCCUCACAAACCAGGAGAAGUCCCGGUCGGCUUACUGCCAGCGGACCAUGUCCCGUUCUUCGAUCAUCGUAAUCGGGCGCACUUGUCGCUCUCCCUACUGACAGAUCUGAUUUCAAGUGGCCUGUUUCGUCCCCGCCUUGCGUUUUUGAGCGCCUUUCCGCUUGCAUUCCGCUUGCCUGACGUCAUUCCCCAGCGCGCCAACCUGGAACAGUCUUCUGGCUGGCAUGCUCCAGCCAGUGCUUCUGCGCCAGCAAACGGUGCAACCGCCCCUCCUGGCGCCGAUGACUUGGGUCGGCUCAUGGGCGACAUUCAGCACGUGUUGCCUCCCAAAGCUCGUGCUCAAGCGCUGGCUGUGAUGAUGCUGCUGCUAGCUGGAUCCGAGCAGCGUGCGGGACGCCUUGAGGUUGCCGGGCGGCUGAGCGCCCAUCCCCACAUUGCCAUCUUUGAGCACGCAAAGCCGGAAGUCAAGCAGGGCCUGUCCGCUCUUGUGGGCAGCGCCCUCGACGCGGCGGCAUUCCUGUUGAUGGAUCGCUACUCGUCACACGAGUGGCCCACAAAGCUCGUGGAUGCCCUUCGUGUGGCGCCAUCCUUGACUUCCGCUGCGACACCACUGGAGCCCGAACCGCGGCUCUCCAGCAUGUUCCAGGCGCUUGAACAGUGGCUCGACCUUGCUGACGCCUCGUCGUUCCGCCUGAACUCGUACACGUCCAUUUUCUUGCUCACCCACGCGCUGGCCGCCGGUCGCACCGCGUUGGCUGUCUCGCUGGUCACCAGGCUGACGGCCAUCACAUCCGACCGUCACGCAGAGGUCCGAUUCACCUCGCGUGUUGCUCGCUCUGUCGAACACCAGCUGCACCACAAUCGCGAGCACUGGCGUGAUGUGGCGAUUGCAGUCCAAGAUGCCCUUGUGAGGCAAGGGCAAUCGGAGGCAGCGUCGCAUUUCACGGUUGCCGUCGAGCAAAUUGGCGUGGUCGUCGGGCGCAUUCCCGUCACCAGUCUUGGUUCGGCUCAGCUUCAGUGGGAAGUGCCUCAAACAACUCCAGCAUCCUCGCCACUCACACCACACGCAGCGAAAGCUGCUGUUCACACAAACGCCGGCCUUUCCGGGCUUGAUGCCCUUCUUGCAGAAAUUCAAGCCUCCCCCACUUGGUCGAUGCACUGGUCUGCCGUUGUUGAAGAUGCUGCGGUGCGUGCGGAAUUCAUGGCAAACGUUGCCAAGUUGGAUGAUGCACUGCUUCCCGCCUUGGACGAGAGCAACCCCAGCGGUCCCGAGGCGCUCGCAAAGAUUGCCCGCUUCCUCUCGGAGCAGUCCAAACGCGACGCUGGCGAGCUUGCUUGGAUUCGGCAGUUCUCUGUGCCCACUACCACAGCUUCCGCCCCUCGUCAGCUGGCUUCAGCGGAUCUCGUCACCGUAUUCCGCACCCUUGAUGGACUUCCAACGCCGCGCGGAGACGCGAUUCGCGCCUUGGUGAGCGCGGCACACGUGCGCUUGUACCAGCGCCCGUUGCCGCGUGACCCGCUUCUGCUAACGCGCUUCCUGUUGCUGGAGGGCAAGGUCAGCGCAGCCCUCGAUCAGUUCCUCGUCGUGCUGAGCCCAAGCACGCUCGGACAACACCUAAGCUCGUCGAGUGGCACACGACUGUUGCGCGAAGUGUAUCCGCAGCACUCUGCCCUCAUUGCCCUUCUGCUUCAGACGUCCGAAGCCGAGCUCCACUCUUGCCGGCAAUCUGUUUUGCAGCUGCUCAUGAUGACGAGUAACGGCCGGCAGCUCAUUCCCGUGUUGGAUGCGUCGCUCGCAGCGAUUGCACCGAGCUCGGCGUACCCGGAGGCGCUUUGGUCGACGCUCACUCUGAGGCCGGAACACAUGGGCAUCAUUCCCCGUGUCGCGGUGGCGUUUGAGCUUGUGGACACUGCGCUGCGCUACUUUAUCAAAUUUGUGCCCAGCAUGUCGCUGGCUCAGAAGCCUGACUUGGCCAUCCUCUGUGCUGUCUUGAACAAGGCAGCAUCUGCUGGACGAAUUGCCAACAGCAGCCCAACCCCAAAUCCAGGCGCUCUGCGCACGACACGCAACAAUGGUUGCAAUGCUGUCAUUGGAGCGCUGCUCUGGUUCUGCAAGCACCACGCUGCACACGUGCAACGCGUCCUCCCGAAACAAGCAUCGGCCGAGUUGCUCUCUCAGUGGCUGCGUGGUCAUGGGCGUGCAUUCCGCUCGGCGCUCAUGGACGAGUUCCUGGCGUCUGCACCCCGCACUGGAGCCGCUGCAUCUGCCUCGUCUGAUUCUUCGGAUUCUUCGGAUUCCUCGGAUUCGUCCUCGAAUUCCUCGAAGUCUUCCUCGAAUUCCUCUUCUAAGGCGGCCACGCGCGAGGCACGGGGCCAAUUGUCUGUCGACAACACCCGUCCGUCCCUCGUUCCAGCGGUUGUGCCCGAAGAGCUGUGGGUCACUUUUUCGUCCUUUUUGAGCCAGGUGUCCUCAAACCGAGCGCUCGACGAUGCGUCAGAGCGUCUGCUUCAUUUCGUGUGGCUGUUGUCACCGCGGACGCUCUCGUCGAGCCGAGCGUACGCCAUGGCCUUGCAUUUUGCACGCUUGCGACAGGAUUGGACGGCGUUCGACGACGUUAUGAUGCAGCUGCACAACACCUCGUUGCUGCCUCAUGACAUUGAAGAAACGCGUACAAUGUUGCACACUGCGCGCGACGCCUUCAAGACGCUCGUGAUGGAGAUCCUGCACGGCCUGAGUCUUCGCUCGCCCAACCGCUGCGAGCACUUCCUCGAGUUCCUCCGCAGCAUUGGCAUUCCUCCGGGCUUCCGUGCACUUCACUUCCUGCUUGAUGCUUAUGCCGCCUUCCCCGCAGAACAGGUUGACAUUGAUCCAGUUCCCGUCGUUGACCUCGUCCCAGGCAGAAUUGCCGCGCUGAGCAAGGCUGCUGCUGAUGAGGCAGCCAAGCAGCCGACUCCAAGCCCUGCGGCUCCUGCCUCCUCGCUGCAGGCCAACGCUCGCCGUGUGGCUGAGGUUGUAGCCAUCAUCCAGAUUGCGCGCACAACUGAAGGCGGGUUUGUCUCCCCCGCCGCUCGCGCUCAAACAAGCGAGGCUGCUCGAUUGGCGGCACUUGCUGUUGGCGUGACUGUUCCUUGGACUGCUCCUGCCCAUGUUUCAACGCUCACUUCCACCGCUGCCUCUGGCAGCAACACCGCUGUCUCUGCCAACACCACCGCAUAACGCUUGGGUUCUGAUGAUGCGCUCAUUCACACACACAAAGAACAAGGCAGAUGUGUUUCGAUUCUGUUGUAUUCUCAAAUGUAGUUUUAUUUCCCGACA